AUGACGAGCGGCGGACUCCGAAUUUUCUCGAUCGCGUUCAUCUUGAGAUUCUUGACGCUGCUGUGCUUCGUCCUUUCGUUCUUCUUCGAUUUCUGUGCCGCCGCAAGGCGGGACAAUGUUCUGAGGAAAAGAGAGUCUUACAAAUAUAGUUCCAUUAAGGAAUUUGAUAAUUAUAUUAACGGUUCUUCUGGCGCGGCAGUGCAUCGAUCUAGUAGCCGCCACCACGUCACACAUAAGAACGGUCGAAGAUCUUCCGAUCGUGAUGAUUCAGGUCCUGGACGAACUGAGUCUUAUGGUAAAAAAGAACAGAGCGAGCAGGGUAAGUUGCAUGGAGAUAAUGGGAAAUAUGCACCUGCAUCUGUGUUUCAGGAAGAUUGUGGUGAAGUUGUGGACGCUGAAACUCAUGCACCACCGGGGAAGAGAAGAAAAAUAUCUCCAAUUGUCUGGAACUUAGCAGAAAAGGAGGUAAAAAUAUCUGAUAACAGGACAGCACAAGCGACUGCUUUGUCUCCCUUUUGUCCAUCCCGACAAAGCUCUCAUGGGAUCACUGGUCUAUUUUAUGGCGGAGCUGUUAAUUCCGAAUCUCCUGCUGAUUCCUCUAGUGCAUUACCUCAAGGACGUUCAGACAAUGAGGGUGAAUAUGUUGAUCAGUCUGAUAAGAAACACGUGCAAGGUUGGAAUAUCACAAUGUCAAGAUGGUUGUCGGAUGAUUAUUCCCCACCGAAUGCAUCUGAUGAUGAUUACAUGGAUGGAAAAGAGACGUCAAGCCCAGAAAGUGGUGAGUUCAUAUGUGAAAGUUCUGAAGGCAAAAAAUCCAUAUCAUCAAGAAAUAGUGCAGGAGUUGAUUGUUGCUGCACAUCAAGUAAUAAAGAAGUUAAUAGUUCCGAAAAGGAAUUACUUGUGGAUACUAUGGAUGAUGAUGAGGAAGAUAGUGAAACUUCUAAUGUUACUCACCCUUCAUCAGAUCCUGAAGACGGGGGCAGUUUAAUAGUGGUGCCGAGAAACAUAAACAGCAUCCAGAGCUGCAGAAGUGUUUUAGAAUUUGAAAUGAUCAAGAAAAUAAACGAAGGAACUUAUGGUAUUGUCUACAAAGCUAAGGAUAAGAAAACCGGGGAAAUUGUAGCAUUAAAGAAGGUGAAGAUGAAUAUGGAUAGAGAUGGCUUUCCAUUGUCCUCUUUGAGGGAAAUAAAUAUUCUCUCAUCUUUUAAUCAUCCUUCUAUUGUGGAAGUUAAAGAAGUUGUUGUGGAUGAUUUUGAUGGUGUUUUUAUGGUAAUGGAGUAUAUGGAGUAUGACCUUAAAGGGCUGAUACAGAAGAUGAAGCGACCAUUUAGUAUAGGUGAAGUAAAAUCCUUGAUGAUGAAACUUCUCAAGGGUGUGAAGUAUCUCCAUGACAAUUGGGUUCUUCACAGAGACUUGAAGACAUCAAAUAUUCUGUUAAAUGAGGAGGGUGAGCUAAGAAUAUGUGACUUUGGUUUAUCUCGCCAUUAUGGAAGCCCACUCAAGCCAUAUACUCCUCUUGUGGUUACUCUGUGGUACAGGGCUCCUGAGCUUCUGCUAGGUGCUAAGGAAUACUCAACAGCGAUUGAUAUGUGGUCAAUUGGUUGCAUAAUGGCUGAAUUAGUUGCCAAGUCGCCUCUAUUCCAGGGAAAAUCUGAAAUUGAGCAGCUUAAUAACAUUUUCCAAACCUUGGGCACACCUAAUGAAAAGAUUUGGCCAGGAGUAUCCAAAUUAUCUGGAUUUAAGCCCAAUUUUGUGAAGCAGCCGCACAAUCUGUUGCGGAAGAAGUUUCCAGCUGCAUCCUUCAUUGGGUCACCUGUUCUUUCUGAAUUGGGAUUUGACUUGUUGAGCAAGCUUCUGACUUAUGACCCUGAAAAGAGGAUAUCUGCAGAAGCUGCUCUUCUUCAUGACUGGUUCCGUGAAGCCCCUCUUCCCAAAUCUGACUUCAAUAUCACAUUACCUUCACAGCAUUGCUAGGAUUGUCGGACAUCUUCAGGACAGGUUCCACGAAGCCCUUCUUCCAAAAUCUGACUUCAAUAUCACAUUACCUUCCCAGCGGUGCUAGGAUUGUAGGACAGGUGCAUCUGCUGGCUGGAUGUGAGGCAUCUUGAGGAACAGUGCUAUUUUUUUCCUCUCAUAAUUGUUUGUCUCACCAAUUUUUAUCGCUACACGUUUAAAGAUUAAUGUGAUUGCAAAGCACAGGGCAAUGGUUUCUACUAGACUUUUGGUGGGCGUAAUUAGAAGCAAUGAAUCGAUGUUUAGAUUCCUGAGGUGUGACAUUAUACUUCUUAUUUUUUUUUUUUUAACGUUCUAUCCAAACUCUGCGUUCUCUCUCCUGAUACAUUGUCUUUGCUAAAAGAUGUACAUAUAUUUCAGGAUUUUCUGUAUCAAAUGAUGAAAUUCUUGAAUGGUGAUGUCCAUAUUCCCUUUCCUCCUCCUUCCUUAUCGGUUGACUAUCAAUGAUAUGUAAAUGAUCUGAGAAUUUAGUGGUUCUUGUUAUUACUAUUUUGCCCCAUCAAGAGUAAUAUUAUUUUUUAUCCUUUGCAUUUUUAUUAUAAUUACAACAAAUGGUUGUUACUUUUUGCGAUGUUACUAAUAGAAGACACUCCAGGGCUCAGUUAACUGUGAACUUCUGUAGUUUUCUUUUUUUAAACUGUAUUAUGCAUUGUUGAUCGUGGAUUUAGCUUAUGUUUUGAAGUAUCAUGAUGGAGAAGAUGGGUAAUGUCAUAAAUGAUGAUGAUGGAGAAGAUUGGUAAUGUCAUAAAUGAUGAUGAUGGAGAAGAUUGGUAAUGUCAUAAAGGGCAGAGCAAUAUUAUGUAACUCAUGCGCACGAGCUUAAUGACAUCAAGUAUAAUGGUUGACUGCUGUUGUAGUCAGUAAACUAAUGUCUGGAUGGUGCUUCCGGACUUUUUGGUUACUGAGGUAUGCGGUCUCUUCUCCAACAGGGUUGUUACUUCGAAGUAUCUUCUCAGUUAGUAGCAUAACUAAUUUGAUCCUUUGUUGUGAAGGUCCGUUGAUAAUUUAUUUGUGUCGGAGUAAUAUCUUGUUGAGGAGAAGCGCCUGUUGGGCCUUCCUCAUCAUAAAUAAUAACGCCCCCGUUCGCAUGCUCAAAUUACAUGUUCUUAUUUCUAUGUAUUAUUAUUAUGCAUGCACAAAUACCAGAAGUGAUUUACUAAAUGACUUUGGCUGUCUUAAUUUUACCGUUCCUUCUCAUAAUAUUUGCUUAGAGGAACAUUGAGGACAAGGGGGCAGUUUGCUCGCAGGGUUAUAUAGCGCAUUGGUAUUUUACAUGGUCGUAUGUUUGUCUUUUAAUGUUUGUUUAUGUUAAAAGAUUGACUUAAAGGUGUGCGUUGGUUUAAUGACCAAGACACCGAUGUUGCAUAUAAUUAUUUCUGUUCUGGUGAUAAUUGGCCUGUUACAGGCAAGAGUUACUUUGUGGGCGGUUUUGCUGAAUUGGCGUUUUGAUGCUCUUCUCUCACCCUUGUAAACACAUUUAAAUUACUUGGAAAAUCAUCUGACCGAGUAGCAAGAUUGUUUUCAAAGCAAGCUGAUCCAUUGUUAACAGUUGCUGCUGCGAUAGUUGCAUGGCAAUUUUUUGUAUUUGAUGCCGGAACAGCAAGUUUUGGUGCUGCAGGAUUUGUAUCAAAUGGUUACCAGUCUCCUUGUUGCUAGGGGUGAUGACUGUCAUUAGGUACAUUCAGCCUUCAUGACGGGCACAAAAUUUCACUUCUUCAAAGUUUCCUCAUGGAUCCUUGUUAAUAAGGCUAAUAUUCAGUUAUCUGAUCUAAGUAGUCUUAGAGUUUAUUUUUAUUGUUUAGUCAUUUAAGUUUGCUUUAAAUUGGCUAAGUGGGACAGUGUAGUGAAAUUUUGUACGGCUCUAAUCUAGAAUUAUGUAUUGGAAGUAUCAUACAACAAUCAAAUACGCAGUUUAAGUUCAUUGUUGGAAAA